AGCAGUCUGCCCUGUGAGCCACCAGCAUGGAUGACAUCUACAAGGCUGCGGUAGAGCAGCUGACUGAAGAACAGAAAAAUGAGUUCAAGGCAGCCUUUGACAUCUUCGUGCUGGGCGCUGAGGAUGGCUGCAUCAGCACCAAGGAACUGGGCAAGGUGAUGAGGAUGCUGGGCCAGAACCCCACUCCCGAGGAGCUGCAGGAAAUGAUUGACGAGGUGGAUGAGGAUGGCAGUGGCACGGUGGACUUCGAUGAGUUUCUGGUCAUGAUGGUUCGCUGCAUGAAGGAUGACAGCAAGGGAAAGUCUGAGGAGGAGCUGUCUGACCUCUUCCGCAUGUUUGACAAAAACUCUGAUGGCUACAUCGACCUGGAAGAGCUGAAGAUAAUGCUCCAGGCUACGGGGGAGACCAUCACGGAGGACGACAUCGAGGAGCUCAUGAAGGAUGGAGACAAGAACAACGACGGCCGCAUCGACUACGAUGAGUUCCUGGAGUUCAUGAAGGGGGUGGAGUAGAACCUACCCUUGCCAGAACUGCCUGCACCCACCUUUCAGCUCUAGCUGGCCCCCUGAUGACACCUUCCUCC